AUUUGUUAUUUGCGUUUCUAUUGAAUAUAUAUUUGACUUUUAUUAGUCAUCCAUUGAUUUUAACAAAAUGGGGAUUGAUUACUACGGAGUCUUGCAAAUCAAGCGCAAUUCUUCUGAUUUAGAUAUAAAAAAGGCUUAUAGAAAUUUAGCCUUGGGUUUCAACAAAGUGAAAUCUGGAGCUAUCUUUUCACUUAUCGCCGAGGCGUAUGAAGUUCUUGUAAAUCCGAAAACACGAGCGAUUUUUGACCAAUAUGGUGAAGAAGGAUUAAAACGAGGUGUUCCUGGACCUAAUGAAUUCCUACACGCCUAUAGAUUUCAUGGAGAUCCUAUGAAAACAUACAGUGAUUUCUUUGGAACCACAUCACCCUUUGCUGAUUUACUCGAUUAUUAUCAAAACCCUCGUGAAAUCUACGAUUUACCCUUAGAAGGACGUGGUUUUCGUGUAAAGCAACCCGCGAUUUACCACAACCUUUAUCUGACCCUCCACGAAAUAUUUUUCGGUGGUGUAAAGAAGAUGAAAAUCCAACGAUUGGAAUACACGUCACCCGAUCAAAGCAAAACAAAAGUUCGUGAGAAAAUUCUCUCGAUUCCUAUAAAACCUGGAAUUCCUGCUGGAACGGAAAUAGUUAUGCCUGAGGAAGGAGAUCAGAACCCAACGCAACUUUCAGCGGACGUUAUUUUUGUGGUGCAUGAUCGUCCACAUGAACAUUUUAUGCGUGAAACUAAUGAUUUAGUCACGCAGGCACAGAUUUCACUGCAAGAAUCACUUCUUGGUACUAUGAUUACUGUCUGUACGAUUGAUCACCGUACUAUUCGUGUGCCUAUCACUGAUAUUGUUCACCCAGGAUACGAGAAAGUUGUACCUGGUGAAGGAAUGCCUAUUGUGGAUGAACCAGGGGAGAGAGGCGAUUUGAUUAUACGUUUUAACGUGCAAUUUCCACCGUAUUUGCCGAAAUCUAGCAAAGCUAUGCUCGAGAAAGCGUUUUAUUUGGCGAAAGUUGCUGGUGGACGUGAUCAACACGAAUUGAUCAAUAAGAUGAUCCUGGCUGAUAAAAUUAUGAGGGUUUGUCCGGAUGAACAACUGCCACCAUUUUAAAGUGUUUUAUGAUCAAAGAAUCCUCAAGAAAUAUAAUAAAUUUUGUUUUUCAAGUUUUUAUCUUGAACAAUAAAAAUUAGUAUUAAAACUUA